AUGAUUCCAUCAGCAAUUGUUUAUACAAAUCCAUUUACUGUUUUUCCAGCUAACGAUGAAGCAAAUACAGGUUUUCUCGAUAUGACUAAAUCAUCCACAAGUGAUGCGACAAAAUCUUCUGAAUCAUUAUAUACAUCCAAGAUUAGUAGUUCGCAUGAAAAACAAUUAAAGAUGAAGUUUGAUGCAGAACUAGAAGGAUCAUUUAAAAAAGCACCAUUUAAAGAAAAACUAUAG